AUGUCGCCCAGUUCUCAGGCAGUUGUUGGAAGAGAAGAAGUGGGAUCUCGUGCUCAGCUUGGAACUUAUGAUGGCAGCUGGCAACGAUUAUUUCCUGAGUGGGUUCAAAUAAUCCAAGACGAUAUCAGGUCAGCUCAAACGAAUCCUCGUCGGGCGCGUAAUCCCAGUGAUAUCUAUCAAACGGCUCAUCCUGAGCAAGCGAGAAGGCAAGUUGUGCCAGAGCACGCUUCGAGCCAGGAUGUAUUGUCCUCUGCGUUGCGAGAGACCGUUGGCAGUGCUUUCCAUGGCAAUAUCCCAGCCGCUGUUGAAGCGAAUCUAAGUUCGUCCUCUGCUACGAGCGCUUUCAGUGAGUUAUUGGAUUCGGCCAUACAACGCCGUCUUGACCAAGACAAUGAUUACGAUCCAUCUCGUUAUCCUAACAUAAAUCGCCGGUAUUCAAGGAAAUAG